AUGAUGCUUGAAACAGAAGCACAAGCAUACGUCAGCACGUGCCCAACAAGUGGAUCUUCUGUCGCUACACGUCCAGCGUCUGGUGAAAAUUUUGCAAUUAUUACAUCUUCGACGUCUGCUCUUGACGCUGCUGUUAGGGGUGUUAAAUCAUGGUGGAGUAUUAUAUUCCGUAAUGGUAUAAACUGGAGGGUUGUAUACACGGAAUUUCUGGAACGUAAACCAAAUUCGCCCAGCAGUUUUACCCAGGUACGUGAAUGGGAGUUCAGAGACUUGAGCGGAUUUAGAAAUUGA